AUUGAAAAUGUUGAAGACUACUCAGAAGAUAAUAGUGAGUUGACAGCAUACCGACACUGUGCAAAGCUCUUGGAUUGUCUUUUUUGUGGAACAAAACUGAAAAUACUAGAGUAUUGUGAGCCUGGUUGUUUGGCCGCAAAAGAGCAGAUGAUCGUAAACCAUUCUUUGUUUCCUUUUUCAGGAGAAAAUGUCUUCUCAACUUGCGCCAUAAGAAAAAUUGAUGCGAUCGUUGUGAUGAACUUGAAUAUGGAAAGAGUUGAAUUAUCAACGAAUGAGUGGAAGAAAAGCAAUGCAAGCUCUGCCACGGCCACAAAGCAGCAAUCUAAAAAUUUGCGAACAAAUUUGUCGAUGUUGAACCAAUUGAAUCGAAAAUACAACAUAAAAACGAAGACUGUAGUGGUUAUGGAUUUUAUUGGUAAGUGUUUACUAAAACGUUCAAGUAUAUUAUAG